CCCCGCCAAAUAACACAACCAAAUGAGUUACAGAACCUUCGUUAAACGUGACCGGAACUUCUUCCUAAAUCUAAUCACCACCGCCGUAACCCACCCCCAUCUCCGCCAAACCCACGCCCAAAUCAUCCUCAACGGCUUCAAAUCCGACUUAUCCACCAUCACAAAACUCAUUCAAAAACUCUCCGAUUUGGGCUCCAUCUCAUAUGCAACCCAAAUUUGCUCCAAUUUCCCAAACCCAGAUCUUUUCCUCUACAAUGUCAUCAUCAGAGCAUAUUCUCGUAACAAUCACCACUCUAAUUCACUCUCGAUUUACCGCCAGUUGCGCCACAACACUUCACUUGUUCCCGAUAGUUUCACUUACGCUUUUGUUAUUUCAGCUGCAUCGAAACUUAGUUGUCAUAAUUUGGGUGAUAAAUUGGGGUUAACUCUUCAUGGGCAUGCGAUUGUCGGUGGGGUUGGGUUGGAUUUGUUUGUGGGGUCUGCUGUUGUUGAUAUGUAUUUGAAUUUUGGGAACGUGGGGUAUGCACAUAAGGUGUUUGAUGAAAUGCCUGAACCAGAUACUGUGUUGUGUAACACUAUGAUAUCCGGGUCGGUUAAGAACGGGUGUUUUGACGAGGCGGUUUUAGUUUUCAAAGAUAUGGUUUUAAGAGGGACGCGGAUGGAUUCCACUAGUUUUGCGGCGGUUCUUACAGCUGUGGCUGAGUUGCAGGAGUUGAAAGUGGGGAUGGCGGUUGAGAGUUUGUCGGUUAAGGUUGGGUUUCAUGGUCAUGUUCAUGUUGUGACGGGGUUUAUAUCGUUGUAUGCGGAGUGUGGGGAUAUGAUAACCGCAAGACAGUUGUUUGAGGAGGUUGAGUUUCCGGAUAUAAUUGCGUACAAUGCUAUGAUUUCGGGGUUUACUUGUAACCGAGAGAUGGCGAAUGCUGUAGAUGUUUUUAAACAAGUGAUGGGUUUGCAGCAUAGAGUAAAUUCAAGUACUAUAGUCGGGUUAAUACCCGUGUUUUAUCCGUUCGGGCAUUUGAUUCUAACAGGUACAAUCCAUAGUUUUAGUUUGAAAAGCAACUUAAUUUCCAAAACUUCGGUUGCAACUGCGUUAAUAACGGUUUACAGUCGUCUUAACGAGAUUGAUUCCGCAAGAAAGUUAUUCGAUGAAUGCCCAGACAAAAGCUUAGCAACAUGGAAUGCUAUGAUCUCUGGAUAUGCUCAAAAUGGACUAACCGACAACGCGAUUACACUCUUUCAAGAAAUGCAAAAGUUCAAGAUCGCCCCGAAUCCCACGACAAUCACUAGCAUUCUUUCGGCAUGCGCACAACUCGGUGCGUUAAGUUUAGGAAAACGGGUCCAUGAUUUAGCAAGCAGAGAGGGUUUUGAUUCGAAUGUUUAUGUCUCGACCGCUUUAAUUGAUAUGUAUGCAAAAUGUGGAAGCAUACAAGAAGCCCGUCAAGUGUUCGACACAAUAACAGAAAAGAAUCCGGUGACAUGGAACGCGAUGAUAUCUGGAUAUGGUCUCCACGGACUCGCACACGAAGCCCUCAAGAUUUUCAACAAAAUGGUGGAUUUAAAAGUACCCUUAACCGGGGUCACUUUCGUUUCGGUUUUAUACGCUUGUAGCCACACGGGAUUGGUAACCGAGGGAGAGGAGAUUUUCAACAAAAUGGUUCAAGAUCACGGGUUCAAACCGUUACCAGAGCAUUACGCGUGUGUGGUUGACUUAUACGGUCGAUCCGGAGAAUUACAAAAGGCGUUGACUUUUAUCAACAAUAUGCCCGUUGACCCGGGUCCCGAAACAUGGGGUGCACUGCUUAGCGCUUGCAAGACUCACAAGAACACCGAUUUAGCGCGAGUAGCAUCCGAUAAGUUAUUCAAAUUAGACCCUGAAAACGUCGGGUACCACGUGUUACUUUCAAACAUACACACGGCUGACAAAAAUUAUCAUGAAGCUGCAUCAGUUAGACAGGUGGUUAGAAAUCAAAAGCUUGUUAAGACUCCUGGAUGCACUUUAAUAGAAGUCAACAAAAUCCCGCAUGUAUUUACAUCGGGUCAACGGUUUCAUGAUCAAACAGACGCGAUUUACGCGAUGUUGGAGAGAUUAAUGGGGAAGAUGAAGGAGGCUGGAUUUCAAACGGAUACGGUGACGGCUUUGCAUGAUGUUGAAGAUGAGGAAAAGGAGUUGAUGGUUAAUGUUCAUAGCGAGAAACUAGCGAUCGCGUUUGGGCUUUUGAAUACGGAAACAGGAAGUGAGAUCAGGAUCAUGAAGAACCUUCGGGUUUGUAUUGAUUGCCAUGAGUUUACUAAGUUUGUUUCGAAGGUUACUGAAAGAGUUAUUGUUGUGAGGGAUGCAAACAGGUUUCAUCAUUUUGAAGAUGGGAAGUGUUCUUGUGGAGACUAUUGGUGAAAGUAUUGUGUUCAUGGUUAUUUAAGGAGGAUCAUUGUGAUUCAUUUCUUUGGUUAGAAAUGAACUGUGGAAUGUUGAAUUGCCUUGGUCCAGAAUAUGUGGUUCUAAUGUUCUAUCGAUUUGAAUGUCCACAUAGAAGCAAGAAUCAAGUCUGCCAAUUUGGUAAGCGGUUUGGUUAAUGAUGCAGUUUAGACGGCUUGAGAGUUUAACAGUUCGGCCGAUGGUUUAGAUUUUGGAACCAACAUUGUAAACUGAACAUGUUAAAAGCAGCCUAUUCUAUAGCAACGUUGAUGACAAACUGUUUCAGUGAAAAAAAAAAAUAUAUGCAUUGAUUACACAAA